AUGAGACAGUUGAAACUCCCAAUUUUGUUGAGCAUCAAUUUCUUCAAAGAUGUUGGACAAGUUUUUUGUCUUCGACUUAUUGUAGACGACACGGGCAAGCAUAUAGGCGAUGGCUUUGUUGAGUUUUCUUCUGCUAACGAAGCAGAGAAGGUGAAAGAGUCAUCUGAAAAGUAUGAAGACUACCUUCGACAAGAAAACCUUCUGAUAGAGGAAAAUGAGGCAGUGGAAGGACAUGAUGAUAUUCUCGAGUAUAUUGAGGAAGUUGCUGCGAGAAGAAAGACCCUUUUUAUCGCCAAUAUCCCUUGCGAAACUAGUAUACCAAGGAUCGUCCAUUGCUUCAAAUAUGUUGGACGAGUUGUUCUUCUUCGACUUAUUGUAGACCACAGGGGUCAGCAUGUUGGCUGUGGCUUUGUUGAGUUUGGUUAUGCUUACGAAGCAGACAAGGCGCUGGAAGAAGGGAGUAAUCGUGAGUUUAGUCUAGACGUGGCUGAGAUAGCUCCGUACCCUCUCCGACCCAAGUACAACCUUGCUGAGAAACUUUGGUCCAAGGUAAAAAGCCUUCUGGUAGAAGAGGAAGAAGAAGAAGAAGAAGAGGAGGAAGAAGAAGUGGAAGAUUAUGAUUUGGAGGGCGGAGUCUGCUGUAAGAAGGUUACUUUCUGUUACGACGACUGA